AGACGAUUUUAUUCCCAAGUUCGCAUCUCGUUUGUUGAUGUUUGAUCCAGGUUUUGAUUUCGCAAACACCUGACUGUGUAAUUUAAUUUUGUUUCUCAUGUACUCUUUCACAUUUUAAUGUCUUAUCAUACUGUCGUGUAAGUUACACGACUUUCUCUUUCCAAAGACGAAAUAAGCAAUAAUAAUUCCACUUCAAUUGGUUGUGAAUAAUUUCGACCUCCUUCAGAUUUCAGCGGUCAAAUAAGAAACAGGAUGAAGAAGAAGAAGCCUGCCCCAAAAUCUGUGAGCGCCCAAAAGGCCAAAGGAAAGUUGGCGCCAAAUUUGCCAAAGAAGGCUCUUUCAAAACCUGCUGUGAGCAAACCAGAACCUGAGGAGACCUUCUGCGUCGGUUGUAAAGCUGAAGGCACCACCCUGGUGCCUCUGCCUAGGGACACAAAUCCUAAAGACCUGUUUCCAGAUUUUGUGAGGGACAAGAGCCGUGGCUGCAUUAGCUGCGUCUACCAUGCCAUUCUGGUGCGCCAAGUGCGAGACGCCAUGUCUUACAAACUUGAUGCGUUCAGCUACGAAAGACAAUGCUGCCUGGUGUGCAAUGUCACCACUGGACUGGUUGCCCUGAAGGAGAUCGAAGGUGCCAGGGAGGCAGUCAGUCACCCCAUCAUCAACGCCCAGAACAUUGAAAAGUACCUCAAAACGCCAUGCAAGCUGUGCACCUGCUGCGCCUACCCUCUGCAGUGGCUGUACCAAACUAUCUUACCAAAGAUCAGCAAGGAGAAAAUUUCACAAAUUUCAACACAGAAACCAAAGCGAGUCCUGUUGCGAGACGAGCCACCAACACCACCUAAACUGGCCCCGAAAAGCAAACCAGCUGAGAAAGUCACCAUAUCAAGAUCUGGAAGGCGUGUGGCCAUCAAAGGAGAAUCUGAUGAUGAUGAAAUUGAGGAGGUCACUGAGAAAGCUGCAACAACAAGAUCUGGUAGGCGUGUGGCCAUCAAAGUAGAAUCCGAAGACAAAGAGGUCACUCAACCGAGGUCAUCAAGAAGUCGCCCCUCAACUUCCAACACCCCCAAGCCAUCUCCGAAGACUCCGUCAAGAAAUGAAAAUUCAAAGCCAGCUCUGAAAAUUGCCAGCAGAGUCCAAACUCCAGCAAACAAAAACACAAAGAAGGUUGAUUUCAGAAAUUCCCCACCCAAGGUCAAGGAAUUCUGGCCAGACGUGGAACUGACGAGGACCAGAACAAGACCAAAUCCUCCUAAGAGGCCAGCAAAGGAGACUGAGGAAGUGGUGCCUGUCAAGAAGGUGAAGGUUGCAGAUCGGUCCACCCGGCUCAGGGCCAGGCAGGCAGUUGCGAUAGCAAAGAAGGCCAAGCAGAAACCUGCCCCAAGUAGAAAGAGGAUCAUUCCCAGGACCUUCAGGCCAAGCGUCAGUCCGCCUCCCCCGAAGACGUCUCACCGAGGAAAGACCGAGUUGCAAGAGAGGGUCUGCGAAACGUGCCAGCAGAUUUUCUACUCUGGAACCGAGUUGGCCCUCCAUGAACUUCGGCACACUGGGAAGGUUCUGCGUCUCAGUUUGGACAAGUUCGAAAUUCCCGAGCCUCUGCAGAAGAUGAAGAAAAGCUUCCUCUUCCAGCAGCCAGUCAACCUCGGCCAACCUGCCCAGGAGGAAAAGGUGGUGGAAAAUCCACAGUUUAAUUUUGGCGAGCCGCAAAUUUUGGCGGAUCCUGCGCUAAUAGAGACCCUGGAGGAAAAAGAAAAGGUCAAGGAAGCACUGGAGAGUUGUGCUGAAGUCGGAAACGAAUUUGAGGACCAGGAAGAAUUCGGCAGCAUGGCCAAGGACGAUUCCGUUGAUUCCACGCAGCAGGUGGUGGGGAACUUGAUUGAUAGUCUGGAGGAAAAACCAAGCAAGACGAGUAAAGAGGAAGAAGAGGACAAAGCUCCUUUGAUCACAAACAUUCUGUCCUUCGACUUCUUCCCUCCAAGCAGCCCAAAGGAAGUGAGAAAAUCCGUUGACAGCUCUGACGAACUCAAGACUCCUCCUCUGACAAGCACCACUGCUUUGGCCUUUGACUUCUUUGGUGCCGAAGCCGAAUCCAGUCCACCGAAAAGCAACUUGUUCAGUCCUCCAGUGGUAGACCCUGAACACGCCCUGAAGGACAGUUCUGUGAACCCCUCUCUUCCUCUCCCAUCAGACUCUGACAAUUCUCUGAUUUUGACGCCUCCAAAGGGAGUUGCUGUUAUUGACGAGAUGUAGAAUGUAGAGAAUCAGAGCUGGACUCAAGUUUAAGGUAUAAUUUUAUUUGUACAUAAUAUUUAAAUGGUAUAUCCAUCCUUUUGUUGAGCAUAAAAAUCUAUAUGCUCGCCUUUGAACAACGGCAUUUAAAAAAAAAAAUAUUGUUAGCGGAAUAAACGGAUUAAAUUUACAAAUUGAAAUCACA